UGGCAAGGGGGAGAGCACGAACGGACGUUAAUGUUUAUAAAAUUCGUAUUAUCUUAUCAUAUAUCUUGGAAAGGUUGUCUGUGUCGUUCUGUAAAUUAAUAGACUUGUUUUCUUUCUUUAUGAAGAUCAUUUCAGCGAUUUCUCGUUUCUUUGUGUGUUUCUCCGUAUGUAAUAUUUUAGUGUUCAACCAAUUAAAAUCAUGAUGUAGAGUUUCACGGUGUUUGCUGACCACUGAGUGUGCACUAUGCUCUCUCUUGAUAUUGGCCUCAUGUUCUUUUAUACGUGUUUUUAGGUGUCGUUUCGUUUGUCCUACAUAACAAGCGUCACAAUCCUUACAUUCAAUUUUGUAUAUCAAUUCUUUUUGGUUGAGUUUGUCGAGAGGAUCUUCUAUGAGCGAAUUAUCUUGUUAUGAAGGAGUUGGCAUCCAGAGGCGAAAUAGAACAGGACGCGCUCAUUCAGUACGUGAUAGAUGGCAUACAAGACGACAUGCAGAAUAAAAUUAUACUGUUUGGAACGAAGAAUCAACGAGAUUUUAAGGAACGUCUUAAAAUAUACGAGGACAUUCGUCGGAAGGGGCGUGACCAGAUGAAGAACAGUAAGGGAAAGGACGACGCCACGAGACGAGCUAAUUCAGGGAAGAGGACAGUGGAUGUGUCAAAAGGGACAACGGAUGCAUCAAAGAAGACAACCGAGAGGAAGGACGCGAAGUCAGACGUACGUUGCUAUAACUGCGGGGCGAAAGGACACAUUUCUAAGGACUGCGGUAACAAAUCAUUAGGUAAACGUUGUUUUAAGUGCCAGGCUUUUGGACAUACGGCGGCUGAAUGCGAAAAAAAAGGUGAGACUAAAGAAUCGGCAUCGGUUCAAACGUGCGAUUUGGCUAAUAAUAUUGCUGGUACAUCUAAAGUCAAUAUGUGUAAAGAUAUAGUCGUUAAUAACGUACGCGUAAAAGCUUUAAUCGAUACAGGUAGCCAGGUUACUGUAUUACGCGAAGAUAUAUUCAUUGAUACCGAGUUGCCAAUGAGCCAGUUACGUAACACUGAUACUCUGUUGAUUGGUUUUGGUAAGAACGAGACGCGACCAUUGGGUUACUUUCAGACUAUUGUUCAAAUUGAUGGCGGGGAAUUUCCAAGUACCGUUUAUGUCGUACCUACGAGUUUAAUGAGCGUGGGAGUUGUAGUCGGUUGCGAUAUUUUGAGUUCGGCAGAAGUAAAGAUUGAUACAGAGGGUAUCCAGAUACGCAAAAUUCCGCUUGUUAAGUUCUUAACGCAAAUUCGGAUAAAUGACGAACAAAUAGAUGUAGGACAUGUCGAAGAUGUAAAAAUGCGCGAACGACUGGAAAACUUAAUUGUGUCGUAUGUACCUAAGGAAACUAAGACGACUGAUAUAAAAAUGCGUUUAGUACUUAAGGAUGAAACUCCGAUUUGUCAAAAACCGCGUAGAUUACCGGUACCUGAGCGAGACGUUGUAAGCAAACAAGUCGAUGACUGGAUCAGAGAAGGAGUUAUACAUAGAACCGUGUUCGUCUGAG